GCAUUUUUGUUGAUAUGACAGAUCCACAGAUUUCCUAACCUUCACAAUCAUUACAGUAAUUUUUAACUCCUUACGUCUCUUUUUAUAUUGUUGUAACACGAUUUUUAAUUUUCAAACUUUUGUUCUUACGCAGAAACAUCGAUUGAAUAUAUUUCUAUCUAAAUUUAAGCGGGUUUAAAUUAAAUUAUUUACCUUGUUAUAUCUUACGUAAGAACGCCGACAAAACCACAAAUUCCCCCUUGGAUUAAAUUGAUUAGAUUGAUCAUCUGCUUUUCCAUUUUCACUUUAAUCAAAUCUUGAGACUUUUAACAAAUACAAUACAGUUCCUCGACAAGCCAUAAUUUUGAAGCAAGCCUGGACUAAAAUAAGGACAGUAUUGAUCAAAUGAAUUGAAUAACUGAGGCUGUGAAAAACUGUGAAUUAAAUUCGAUCCGAUAUAUGAUAUUGGACAAUAGGCAAGCUUUAUCGUCAAUUUAUAUAAUUAUACUGCCAAGGCUUUACUCUCUGUCAGUAUGCUCACCGUAUCGAGAAGCUUAUGUCAGAAGAAUCUUCAGCAGAGUACAACGAGCCACUUUGUCAUUUGCUCCGUGAGAAAUCGUCAUCGUACCUGGACAUACAAGAGAUUUCUCAUUCAAGAUAAAUUUGACUGUAGAAAGCCACGGUAUUUGAAACUGCAAAAAUGCGACUUUCGCACUACGCAAAACUUGCACGUUCCACCGUUGAUAGCUUUGCUUCUGCGCCCCGUCUUACGCAUUGGUUCCUUACUGAUGGGCCGCGGUAUGAAGAGAUGGUGGUUACGCAAGUCCGACACAGAGAAGGAGGAAUAUAAGCGGUGGUUCGGGGAAAGAAGCAAUAUAUUUCUGGGCUGCUUUGGACUGUACGGCCUUAUAUUGGCUCUUUACUACCUAACUCAUCUUGAAACUGAUCCACUGACAAAACGUUCGAGAUUUAUAAUGUUUAACCGGGAACAAGAGAAGAAACUGGGGAAAAUGGUUCUUGAAGCUCAUUUGGAAGUUCAUAAAGCAGAUUUGGUGCCGCAUUCUCAUCCAGCCUACAAGAGACUCAUAAGGGUGAUUGAAAAAAUUUUUACAGCUAAUAAAGACUUAAAGUUGAUGAGAGAUACACAGUGGACUUUAACUGUUGUUAAUACACCAUUGACAAACUCAUAUAUUUUGCCGGGCGGGAAUAUCUUUAUAUCCUUAGACAUCUUGAAAAUUAUCGAAAAUGACGACCAAUUAGGUAUCGUUUUAGCCCACGAAAUGGCUCAUUCGCUGCUGUUACAUAAUCUUGAGAUAUUGUCGGGUCAAUUGAUGUGGGACUUUUUAAUAGCGGUACCCAUAUUAUUAAUUUGGGCAUUAUUUCCCGACAUGGCAGCUGCUCUAAUUCACAUGAUAGGAGAACGAAUUGUGACGGUCAUGUACAAUCUUCCAUUCAGCAGAGGUUUGGAGAAUGAAGCUGAUGAAGUGGGGCUUAAAUUAGCUGCAAAAGCUUGUAUUGACAUUCGUGAGGCCGUUGUAUUUUGGGCUACAAUGAGGACGCUUACGGAAAUGCAUACAUUGCCCACAGAACUGCCUGGAUGGAUAUCGACACAUCCUGCUCAUGGAGAUAGAGAGAAGCAUUUGAAUGCAACCAUGACGAAGGCAUUAGAAUUGCGACAUGAUUCAGGGUGUGCGGUAUUGCCGGCUGCCGAUCCAAGAGAUAAGUUUUACAAACGAUCAGCAAAAGAACAGGAAACUUAUUUUAAACAGAGAGGAAUAAUUUAAAAUAGAAAUUAGAAAAGCAAUUAUUCUGCCAUUGUGCCUAGAGUUUGAUUUUUCUUCAAAAGUUAUCUUUAUAUAUGUUGUAAACAUAUUUUUAUGUAAUUAUAUAUACUAUAAUAAAAUGUG